UUUGGUCCAACUUCUCAGUGCGAGGCCUCCUCCAUCAGCCGGCUCCUGGUGCUGCCUCCUCCCUCUGCUUCAACCUUAACCCUGCAAAGUUUUUGAGAUCUACGUCGCUGUCCUGUACCCGGAUGGUGACCUCUCAGUCCUGCACCACCGAUCCGGAUCUCAGCACCAUCUCUUACUAUUUUAACAUGAGUCUCAUCACGGUUCCAACAACUGACAUGACAAUCAGAUCAGAUCGUUUGGUCCCUGUUAUACCGCUGUCAGACUGGCCUGCACCUGUCAAACAAAACGGCUUUUGUUUAAAUGUUGUGAAAACGGUACAGUUUUUGGUUUGCUACACACCCAAAGGAGAGUUGACGAACACAUCCAUCAACUUCACCCUGACUGACGUUCCCCUUGAACAGCUGGUCCUCCAGACACACUCUGUAGAAUUUCAGCUGUUACAGUGGUACACACCCAGGCCCACUCCUGUGAAACCAAACCCACCUCCAGUUGGACUGAGAAAGGGAUCUGCUGUCAUGGCGCUUAUUGACGGAGAAAUGCAGCCGUUGAAGUCACUUGGCGUUUCAGAAGGUGGCAGGUGUUCCUCUGAUCCCAGCAGACUAUCGCCCAUCCUCUUCACACACAACACCAUCAGUGGCUGCACAUUCAGUUCUGAAACUCAGAAUUGCACUGAGCUACGGUCACAGAUUUAUGAGAUCUUCCGAGGAUCCACUGCUCCCGAUAAGAUCGCCAUGAACUCGGGCCUCCAGCCGAACUGGACGAGAGUCCUGAUACAGGACUGUCUGAUCGAUCCGCAGGAGUCAUGUGAAUCGGGCUGCAGCCUUCCUCUCUCUUUCUCCAUCCAAAUUAUUUGGGCUCGUCAGGGAUUCAUCGAGGUUCCUCAGAACUACAUCCUGGGAGCCAAAUUUCUCUUCCGCUGUCAAAACGUCCAGUGUCCGUUAUCAUCUCCUCUCACCCUGACGGCCAAAGCCACGUUCGUAGAAACCACCGUUUACCCAGAAGCCCCCAGAGGGGUUCCUCAGCCCCACUGGAGGUUUCCGUUCGACUUCUUCACGAGAGGCGCCGCGGAGCUGGACGGCCAUCUUGAUACGAGCGGCAGCGGCGCCGAGAAGGUCACAUGGAGUUUAAUGGCGUUCCCACUGUUGCUGCUCUCAGAGUUAGGACUCAUAAACUUUGACAUAACAUAGAAAUUUUUUUAAUUGUGCAGCUAUUUUUCAAAAAUAAAACACUGUUUUACAUAAUGAAUGUACAGAAGAGGAUUAGGACCAAUGGAAAAAUAUUCAGGCUUUAAUCCCUGAGAUUAAAGUCUGACUUUAAUCUCAGAAUUCAAGUUUUUUUUUUCUCAGAAUCAGAAAUGUUUAAAUUGUUUAUGCACAAUAAGGCAAAUCUAGUCUCAAAACUCAAAUCUACCAAUUAUAUUUGGGACAUUUUGGGCUUAAAAUUCAGAUUUACAAAUUCU